GUAACGAGUUUAAAGCCAACUGAAGAUGAAUUUGCUCAUGGAUAGCCUGCCGUCGCAUGCGAAUCCUGGCUCGCGUCGCUCCACGCCGCCACAGCACACGGAGCUGAGGAUCUCCACAUCCUCGCCACACCACAACCAGCAACAGCAGCAACUGCAUCUGCAGCAAAACCAUACACAGCAGCAACAGCAACAUCAACACCAGCUACAGCAGCCCUCCAAUCUGAACAACAACAACAAUGAGACACCCACAUCGCCGCCUGGUGGCAAGACCACACUCAAGCGCGCCUUUGACGUGGCCUUUCUGAUGAUGCCCGACGAACGCAUCAAGCAGAAGCAGGCCGAGAAACAAGCACGUCUCCAGGAGGCACUGCAGCAGCACCACCAACACCACCAACAGCUGCAGCUCCAGCAACAGCAGAUGAACCACUAUCCUACAGAUCUGUCACCGCGUGGAGCUUCCUCGCAGCCACCAUCGCCGGCGGCCAUGGAGUACAUCAGCCUGCUGGAGGCGCGUCAACGUUAUCCCCAGCUGAGCAUCCGCUCGCCGCGGGUGUACGAUGAUCCCACACUGGUCAUACCUCUGGUGGAUUCUCCAGAGGCCACGGGAACGGCAUCGCCACCGCCGCCAAUGCGCAGCGCCUUUACCAAGGUGGCCUCCUCGUCGUUGUCCACAUCCUCGUCGCCUUCGACCACAUCGCGCCUGGAGUCGCCCGUGGAUGUGGGUGCACCUCCGUUGAGCCCCGAUCAUCUGAGCUGCCACUCGAUGAGUCCGCCGCUGGUGACGCCACCACCGCGCACCAACAGCGGUGGCAGUGUGGGAAGUGUGGGUCCGCAUGUCGCCAAUCCCAUGCCACCCAAUCCCAUUGUGUACCACAACUUUCGGCCAGAAUACCAGUUCAAUGGAGCCUUCCAGGCGGUGAAUCCCAUGCAGGCGCUACAGGCACAGCAUCGACUGAAGCAGCAUCUUCUCUACACGCGUCCGCCGGGACCGGGAUGCCAUCCCAAUGGUGGAGGAGGAGGACCGGGUACGCCCUCGUCGCCACCGUCCGGUCCGCCAGCGGACUUUCUGCACGCCGCCUACCCGGGAUUCGGGCCGCCACCGCAUCCAUUUGCCGUGUCCCAGCCCCUGCAAAAUCCGGCAGCAGCUGCCAUUCUCUCCACGCUGAUCCCACCCACACUGGCCUCCACCUUCACCCUGACCGCACAGAACGUGUGCGCCAAGUGCAACAUUAGCUUCCGGAUGACCAGCGACCUGGUCUACCACAUGCGAUCCCACCACAAGAGCGAGGUGGCCUGCGAUCCCAAUCGACGCAAGCGCGAGGAGAAGCUGAGGUGCCCCGUCUGCCAGGAGACUUUCCGCGAGCGGCAUCAUCUCACCAGGCACAUGACGGCCCAUCAGGACAAGGCCAGUGACCAUCAGCCGCAGCUGGAGGAGUCCAGCGACAACGAGAUUAUCAAUGUGGUUGGAGGCACACCACCCGGACGACGGAUGGGCGGUGUGCCCAAAUGAUCGAAGCAUUUCUUCGGAUACUUUUAAGAACCCUGCCCCCAAUCCACCCAACAAGUCAUCGUUUUUGUGCCAGUAAUGCCCAUUCUCUAUUGUGAUAUUAAUUUUAGUUUUUCCCCCUGGACUUUCUGUUUUCUUUAGCGUUAAAUGUAGUGCAAUUUGUAUCUUAAUUAACCCCUCCCUCUAUGUCUAUUAAUGGUCAGUCUUUGCGGGAACCGAAAGGUUCUCUGGUUCAAAUCAUUGUAAAAUAUUAGAAAUAAGUUGCAGAUCUGCUAACCUUAGCAUUCAAUGUGUGGCUGAAUGUUUCAAUAAAAA